AUGCUUGACCGCCGGCGGCCACGUGAUGAAAACAUCACCCCGAGUGACAACCCCCCAUUUAAAGGCCUGUUGAGUAUGAAGGCGCUGACCACGUCAAUAGAAACUGGCGGAUCCGCCGGUGAUGACACGGAAGGUCGGAUGACUGGAAAUGAAAACGCAGAGUUUGCUUACGGUAGCGGUUUUUAUCUUCAGGAGGAGUACCUUGAGCGUCUCCGGCGUCGUGGGCAUAGACUCAAUAACACGGAAACUGAUAAUUUUGGUGACGACGCAGACAACAACGAUAGGAGUGAAUUAAGUGGGAGCCGCAGAGAUAGGACACAGCGAGGGGAGGCAUCUGACGUUGAGCUUAUUAUGGACCAUAAUCUUCAACCACGUUUUUUCCGCCUUGGGAAUGACUUUCCGGCCGUUUCUGCGUCGUCCGUACUCGAUGGGGAGGGUACAAAUGAAUCGAUGUUGCCACUGAAUGUUAUCACUGCUCACGACACCGCAGGUGAUAUUAUCAUUCCUGUUGUAAGUUCAAGUUGCAGAAUGGCGCAACAAGCUCAAAAGGGAAGCACUUCGUUAGCUGCUUUGAAGCGUCAGCAGGAGUCUGAGCGCGCUACGCGGGAGGCGAUGGACACCAGUAAAUCACAGCUGACGCGAUUGCUUCAAAAGGGGGAAAUUGGCCAAGAGAUUGAGGUUGUAGACCAGUCGCAUAAGCCAAAGGGACUGGACAGUUGGUUGCUGGACUCCACGAGGGAUACCGAAGAAGAUCUGGAAGGCGAAGAAGAGAUGCUGCGACGCAAAGUGCGAAGGGAGCGCAUACGGCUGGAAAAUUCGUUGAACCCGUCUUCUGCUAACGGAGCGAUGACUGCGGAAACAGCAGCAAAAGAGGAGGAGCGGGAUGUUCGGGAGAGGAAUUAUUUGGAUGUGCAGCGGAGGCGACAGGAAAAGUUGGACCGCGUGAGAGACGCUAAGGAGAAGUGGGAACGUUCAACAAAUGAUGCUGAGGUAAGCGGAGCACGGCGUAUUGCAAUUCUUACAAUACAACGUCAGCUUCCAAUCUAUCGAUGCAAAGAGGAGCUGCUCAGAUGCAUCGGAGAGAAUCCAGUUUCCAUCGUAGUUGGCGAGACCGGAAGCGGGAAGACCACGCAACUCGUACAAUACCUGUACCAACGUGGCUAUACUCGUGGUGGAGGAAUUAUUGGAUGUACGCAACCGCGGAGACUUGCCGCCAUAGGCGUUGCCCGUCGUGUAGCGGAGGAGAUGGGUUGUGCGUUAGGUACUCGAGUGGGUUAUGCUAUCCACCUCGAUGACAACACUUCUGAGGACACUGAAGUGAAGUUUAUGACGGACGGUGUGCUUCUACGAGAGAUUGUUCGUGAUCCGAACGUGGAUAAAUAUAGUGUGAUAGUACUUGACGAGGCUCAUGAGCGGUCUGUUAACACGGACGUUUUGCUUGGUGUAUUACAAGCGGCAGUCCGCCGUCGAUCAGACCUGAAACUGGUAGUAACAUCUGCCACGAUGGAUAUCUUGAAAUUUUCAAAGUUCUUUGGUAAUGCGCCGUGUUAUGAGAUACCUGGCCAAUCGUACGAGGUGGAUGUGCAGUACGCGACGGCCCCUAUUGAAGAUUACGUGUUGGAAGCGGUUUUCCGCGUGUGCCAAUUACACAUCCAAAUGCCACUGGAAGGAAAACAUGACAUAUUAGUUUUUAUGACGGGUCGUGAUGACGUGCUUGGAGUGUGUUCACUUAUCCUUCGUCGUCUUCAAGAAAUGGAUCCAAAGUGGCUCGAUUCUCUUCUGUUACUACCGUGUUUGUCGGAGGCAGUUGGCGCAACGGCAACCGGUGUUCUUGAUCCUACACCCAGCGGAAUGAGAAAGUGUGUUGUUGCAACCAAUGUUGCAGAGACAUCCUUGACCAUUGAUGGUAUACGCUAUGUUGUGGAUUGUGGGUUCAUGAAAACAAAUGUAUUCCGACCCAAACUCGGGAUGAAUACACUGCAGCGGUAUCCCAUCUCUCAGGCGCAAGCAAAUCAACGAAAAGGUCGAGCGGGCCGAACGGCAGAAGGCAUCUGCUAUCGUUUAUACACUGAAAGUCAGUUCAAACACGAAAUGCUUCUUAGUAGCGUUCCCGAAAUUCAGCGGAGCAGUAUUGAUAGCGUGGUGCUUCUUCUUAAAAGUAUUGGUGUGUCACGCUUGAUUGAUUUUGAUUUCAUGGACCCACCCCCUGCCGCGAAUAUAAGACGCAGCAUGUGGCAACUUUGGGUACUCGGGCUUCUGGAUGAUAACGGGAAUAUAACGGCAGACGGGAAGUGCGCUUUAGAAUUUCCACUUGCGCCGACACUUGCUAAAGUACUUAUAGAAAGUACGGUGCGCGAAUGCUCGGUGGAGGCGGUGCGUGUGGUGUCGGUGAUUUCAGCUGAUCCCAAAGGACUUUUUGAGCUUCCAAAGGGUAGCGAAGAGGCCGCACGGCAGCACCACAGUCGGUUUCAUGUGAAUGACUCAGAUCACCUUGCAUUACUUAACGUCCUCACACAUUUCAUAGAAAACGGAAAGUCACGCCAGUGGGCAAGGGACCACUUUCUGCAUCUUCCCACACUACUCCGUGCAUGCGAAGUUCAACAACAAUUACUCGAACGUUUGCGUCAGUUGAAACGCCCUAUUGUUUCAUGCGGAGCGAAGGGACUUGAUCGAGUUCGUCAGUGCGUGGCCUCAGGUUUUUGUCUCCUUUCAGCACGACGGUCGAGUACAAACUGGAGUGCCUACCGUCCUAUGCUUAACGCGGGGGUGACGUGUUACGUGCAUCCGUCCUCUGCAGUGUAUGCACGCGCGGAGAUGCCACUUUAUGUGGUUUACCACGACCUCCUUCUCACAACUCGAGAGUAUCUUGUGAUUGUAACUGCUGUGGAACCCGAGUGGUUGGUUGAGGCUUCUCGGGGUGUAUUCAUUGUGAAAGGAUCACCGAAGGGCCUAGUGACCUCAGCGGCCACUCCUUCGGGUACCGCAGUGGUAGAGAACAGGAGUGUAACAGGUCGCGUGGUAUCGGAAACCUUGCAGAAUCCAUCACCCAUUCCACAAGGAUUAUCAGUCCCACGUCCUCCGGUUCAUCAACCGAAAUCAAAGGGGGGAAUGGUUCUUACAAGACGGCGAAACAACAUCUGA